AUGGAGGAUCCUACCGACACGGAGGGUCGUCAUGACAAGAUUACCUUGACUCUUCAUGAGAUCAGCUCUGAAUACUCUGGCUCUUUUGGCCCUCGCAUCAUCAACCUCUUCGGCAUUGAUAACGUGGCUAUUGGACGAGCCUCAAAGCGUGGGGGCAAAGACCGUAUGCCAGCUGCACACAAUGCAUGGUUCGAUUGUCGAGUUAUGUCCCGUGACCAUGCGAUGGUGGGCAUACGUCAGGCCGGAUUUAAGAGCCCAGUUCCUGUGCUUUAUGAUACUGAUUCUACCCAUGGAACUUGGUUGAAUGGCCGUAAGCUUGCCCCUGGCGAGAUAGUGGAAUUGUCAAACGAUGAUGUUGUCAAAUUUGGCGUUGACAUUCAACGCGGUGAAGAUCAAUUUUUCGCUCUCAGUGCUCGCUGUACAAUCGAGGAGGGACGUAAUGCCCCGGUUGUGAACGAUGUUCCAAUCAUCCGAAGCACCUCCACCAACACAUUCUGUGUCCCUGAUGAUAGCGAUAUCGAGGACGAUCCAGAUCAAACUAUUAGCCUUCCUAACAGCCGGGCCAUGGAUAUGUCGACCGACGGAGAUUAUCGCCUUCCUACUGGCUUGCUCGACACUAUCGUUUCAUUCGAGCAACUGGCACAGGGACCCAUAGACAAGACAGAGGAGCGGUCUAUCGGUUUAGAUGAGUCUAAUAAUCACUCGAUCAAGGAUAUAUCUUCCUCGGAGGAAGACUCCGAAGAGGCCGAACUUUAUCGCGAGGAUUAUUUGACCGAGGCGGUUCAACAGCACCUUGGCCUCGUUGAUACUUUCGCGUCCGCGAUUGGCAGCGAAGAUGAAAGCGAAGACGACGCCUGGUCCCUCAGCUCUGGAGCCAGCUCUGAUAACGACACUAAUAUCUCCCACUCCGACUGGGACUCUGAUUCUGGCUCCGAUGUCGUUGAUGACACUGAUGUCAAUCCCGAGGAAGUUAUUAAAAUUUCUUCCAUCGAUCCGCGUUUGUUGAUGAGCCAACACAAUGGCCGUGCUCAUGCGCAUCACCAAUCAGAGCCAUUUGAAAUUAAUCACCCUGAAAUUCCAAAGAACCAGAUGACGUCUACCCCUGAGUUGGCCCCGAUGACUGACCGUAUGGUUCAGAAGGACUCUCCCGAUUCUUCCUUGCCGUCUUCGGUGGCUGGCAGUAUGGUUCUGGCUCAGAAGGUUUCUCCCGAUUCUCACCUCCCGUCGCCCACAAAAUCCGAUCCUUACUAUGAUGGGCCCUUUUCACGCAAGGAUCUGCCUCGCGAUGCUGUCGUGGAUUUCCAUGAUUUCUGUCUUUCUUUGCCGACACCACCUAUGAGUGUCCAAAAGCGCAAGGCUUCUGAGAUGGAUUGUGCUGAGAUGACCGAAACGCUGGAUUUGACCUCUGAAGAAACAGGAUCUUUGUCUCCUAUCUUUUCAGAGCAGACCCAGUCUCAGUUGGUUGAGGUUGAACGUCCUGUGAAGCGAGCCAAAUUUUCUCGUGUGGCAUUUGAUAGAAUAGCUAAGGUUGCUAUCGCCGGAACAGAGGCAGCCGCUACUGCUCGCCCCUAUGCCAUUGGUGCUGUGGUUGGUACUAUUACCACCAUUGCUACUCUUGCAGCUCUGCCUGCGGGGUUGUUUGAGUGA